AUGCGCUAUCUACAAACCGUAAUCCUCAGACGCCUUUGCGCCCAAUCUACCAUGAAACCUAAACAACAAGACAGCCCAGCAACAGCGCCCGUAAUCUGUCCAGUGGAAUCGGUGGAUGCCUUAAGGCUGGCCGAACAAUGCCUGCAUCAGGGCAAGGUUAUUGCGUUACCCACAGACACAGUUUAUGGAUUGGCCUGUGAUGCCAACAACGAGGAGGCCAUUCAACACAUGUACGAGAUCAAGGGACGCGAUGAGCACAAACCCGUGGCCAUUUGUGUCAACAAUAUUGCUGCACUGCGUCGCUUUGGUCACGCCAGCCACUUGAGUGACGAGCUGCUAACUCGCUUGCUUCCGGGGCCACUGACCAUUGUGAUUGAGCGUACGCCGCAGCUUAGCAAUCGAUUCUUGAAUCCCAGCACCAGCAAGAUUGGCAUACGCAUCCCGGACUUUAAAUUUAUUCGCGAACUGUGCGCUAAGUGGCACGAGCAACCACUCGCCUUGACCAGCGCCAAUCGAUCCAGCGCACCCAGCAGUCUGCAGAUCAGUGAGUUCCAAACGCUGUGGCCGCAUCUAGGCGCCGUAUUCAAUGCUGGCCGUAUUGGACUGAGCGAGGAGCGGCGACUGGCUUCCACUGUGAUCGAUUUGGUCACGCCGGGUCGCUAUGAGGUAGUGCGUGCCGGCGUAGCGCUCAAAGAGACGCUGGCGGUGCUGCACGAGUUUGGCUACACAGCUAAAAAUAAGAUACAAUAAAGAACUAUUGAAAUACUA